AUGUUGUCCAUGGACUUUUUGGACGAUGUGCGAAGAAUGAACAAGAGGCAGCUGUACUAUCAAGUGUUAAACUUUGGUAUGAUUGUAUCCUCUGCACUGAUGAUCUGGAAAGGUCUCAUGGUGGUCACUGGCAGCGAAAGUCCUAUAGUUGUUGUUCUGAGUGGCAGCAUGGAGCCCGCGUUCCACAGGGGAGACUUGCUUUUCUUGACCAAUCGUGUGGAUGAUCCUAUUCGAGUGGGUGAAAUAGUGGUAUUCAGAAUAGAAGGAAGAGAGAUACCGAUUGUACAUCGUGUUCUGAAAAUUCAUGAAAAGGAAAAUGGAGACAUCAAAUUUCUGACAAAGGGAGACAACAAUGCCGUGGAUGAUCGAGGGUUGUACAAGCAGGGACAGAACUGGCUGGAGAAGAAGGAUGUGGUGGGAAGGGCAAGAGGGUUUGUGCCCUAUAUAGGAAUUGUAACCAUUCUCAUGAAUGACUACCCUAAAUUUAAGUAUGCAGUUUUGUUCCUGCUUGGACUGUUUGUCCUUGUACAUCGAGAAUAA